AUGAUCUUUUUCGAUGAACUAGAGCCUCCACCAGGGAGUCCACGUUGGCGACCAAAGCUUCAGGACGGCACGAAACCAACACGGUGGGCAUCUACUGACCCUCUUGGAUUCUCGAGUGAUACAGUGGCACUUGACUAUGAUGAAUGGAAGGGGAAAGACGGUGCCCAAAGGCGCGUGAUUGCGUAUGGCCUCACCAAUUGUGUGCUGGUGUUCGUGUCUUAA